AUGGCAGUGAAGGAAUGUACCAAGGCGCAGGGAUGCACCACGAAGGAGCACAAACUGGUGCUGGAUGCCAACUGGCGCUGGAUCCACACAACCGACGGGUACAAGAACUGCUACACCGGCAAUACCUGGGACAGCAGCAUCUGCUCUGACCCGGACGCCUGUGCACAAGGCUGUGCGCUAGAAGCGGUGGAUGCUGCACAGUACGAGAGCAUCUACGGCAUCACCGCUGUGCCUGGAGGUGUGAAACUGAACUUCGUCACGGGCUCCAACGUCGGAUCUCGCUUGUUUCUCUUGGAGGACGACGACACUUACAAGCUCUUCAAGCUCAAGAACCGAGAGUUUGCGUUGGAUGUGGACUCGUCCACUGUGGAGUGUGGCAUGAACGGUGCCAUGUAUUUCAUCGAGAUGGCUGCUGACGGAGGAAAAGGCCUCGGAUACAACGCCGCCGGCGCCAAGUACGGCACCGGGUACUGCGACGCGCAAUGCCCACACGACGUGAAGUUUAUCGGCGGCGCGGCCAACACCAAAGACUGGAAGCCUCAUCCAAAGGACUUCAGCAAUACCAUUGGUCUGGGUCACUAUGGCGCCUGCUGCGCAGAGAUGGACAUUUGGGAGGCGAACAACAUGGCCACGGCUUACACGCCCCACCCGUGCAACAUCGACGUGCCAGGCCAGUACGUCUGCGAAGGCACAGAGUGUGGAGACAACGACAGUGGCGAGCGAUACGAUGGGCUCUGUGACAAGGACGGCUGCGACAUCAACCCUUUCCGCAAUGGCAACACCAGCUUCUUUGGGCAGGGAACCGACUCUGCAGUGGACUCGUCCCGGCCGAUGACGGUAGUGACACAGUUUCUCACCACGGACGGCACAGACGAGGGCGACCUUUCCGAGAUUCGGCGCUUCUAUGUGCAGGAUGGCCGGGCGAUUGCAAGCCCGCCCAUCACCAUCCUCCCGAAAACUCCGGACUCUAUCACCGACGAGAUGUGCGAGGACAUAAAGGAGCUCUUCGACAACAAAAACGACUACCAAGAGAAAGGUGGAAGCAAGGCCAUGGGAGAGUCUCUGGAUCGUGGCCAUGUGGCGGCUUUCUCCCUCUGGGACGACAUCGACGUUCACAUGAUGUGGUUGGAUUCCUGCUACCCCGAAGACAAGCCCUGCAGUGAUCCGGGUGUCCACCGAGGAAUGUGCCCCGGCGGCGAGGAGAGCGCCCCGCAAAACGUGCGCAGGAAGCACACCUUCGGCCAUGUUAUCUUCGCGAACGCGGCUGUUGGAGAGAUCGGCACCACCCAGUCUGUAUACCCCGGCUCUUCGGUGACAUCACCGCCCUCAACUACGGCGACCACGCCAACGGAGACGACCACGACCACAGAGCUUACGGCGACUAUGCCGACAGAGACGACCACGACCACACAGCUGACCACAACUGGCAUCUCCACGGGCGCCUGGGAGCCCGUAGAUGGAGGCGAGGGCCGCGCCUGCCGUGGUUCCAGCCGCAGCGACAACAGACCUCAGUACUACCAGCUUGUGCGCGGCAUCACCUCUCUGGAGGACUGCCAGAUGCACUGUGCUGCCACAGCCGGCUGCCGCGGCGUGGAAUUCUCGCGUCAGCGAUGUGAGGUGUGGCUGCGAGCCGAGGGUAUUGAGGCGACGAUCGCGCUGCCAGGCUUCACAUGCAUGCGCUAUGAUGGCCCACUUGUCCCGACGACCACACCGAUGGCGGGUAUCUGGAGUACGGUGGAUGGUGGCGAUGGUCGCGCCUGCCGCGGUGCCUCAAGCAGCGAUAACUCUGCCAACUACUACGCCGUCGUCCCUGGACUCGUGAACCUGGAUGCCUGCAAGGCUCGUUGCCAGAUCACCGAUGGCUGCCAAGGAGUCGAGUUCAAGAUCGGGCGCUGUGAGAUCUGGACGCGACCUGAGGGCAUCCAGGCUUCGAUCCCCCUCCCAGGCUUUACCUGCCUCAGCUACCAGAGCGGCGCUGUGAGCAGCAUGCCUCCCAGCACUGCAACGACAACUGCCGAACCACCGGCCACUACGACAACGUCAGCAUCCUGCGCGGGAGCUUGGCAGCAGUGUGGCGGGCGAAAUCAUGUCGGUGCAACUUGCUGCCUGGAGGGCUAUCUCUGCGUCGUGGACAACGAGUGGUAUUCGCAGUGCGUACCAACGCCUAUGCCCGCUUUCGCCCAAGCUGCGGCGCAGAAGCGGGGCAGCCGCCGCCACAAGUUUUUGGGUCCGAGCUUCAUGCAGUCCAAGGCGAAGACUUCCCGGAAAGGCGCCGCCGAGAUUCCCGCGGAGACCUGGGAGCUUUGA